ACUGUAGCGCGCGAAAAACACUACAGAAAGAGAGAAAAGAAGAAGGGAAAAUCGACAGGGGCUACUAUUUAAGUUCCAAGCCCCUCCGCGGCUUAGAACUACUUAAAUCAUACUAAAUAAUCUAUUUAUGCGCGUAGCGUGGAUCCCACUUAGGAUCCCGCGAAAUUGCGAAAGAACACCUUCAGAGUCUUUGCCGAUAACUCGUCAACCGAUCUGCCCCUCUUUGCUUCAGAAGAAUGCGAUUUUACGUGCCGUCUCAUCGUCCAUCGCCCUGAUAUCUUGUUGUCUGACCCCUGAAGCAUUCCCCGACCCAACUGCCUUUUAGGCCAACAUGGCUUCUGAACACACUAUCACACAGGCCCUGUUGGAAUGGAUCAAUAGUUUCGCCCUUGGCAAAACAAUCCGAACAACCGAUGAAUUGACAGAUGGGACCAUACUUUGGGAAGUCUUACAAGAUAUCGACCCCCAAUAUUUCCUCGAUGAGCUACCACAGCGCAAUCCGUCGGAUCAUUGGUUGUCCAAACUACAGAACUUGAAACACAUUCUCAAAACGCUGGUCAACUAUAUCCGCCAACAGCCCGACGGGAUUCCUUCUGGAUUGGAUCCGGCGCCAAAUUUGGAAGUGGUCGCUGAAAAGAGUUCGAUCAAGGAAACAAACAAACUCCUCAAGCUCAUUUUGAUCGCCGCCAUCCGUUCGCCGAACGCGCCGUCCUACGUGGAAACUCUCCAAACAUUGAGCACUCCGACCCAGGAAUCCCUGAAAGAUAUUUUCGAAGAAGCCGAAAAUGGCCAACACGAGCCUCUUGACCCCGUGGACGAGAUCAAGGAGGACUUGUCCAAACGGGAACAUCCUGUUGAUCUAGAGCUGCAAUUCGAGGAACGAGUAGGGAAAGUGCUUGCUGAGAAUGACCGUUUGACGCAUGAGAAGAAGGAGCUCGAGAAGGCAUUGGAGGACCUACAUAACCGUCUGGCACGCCUUCAAGAGAAUAACGAUACUCUCCAGAGCCGCCUCGCGACCACGGAGGAUCGACUAGGAAAUCUGAAGUCCGGCAAAGGCGACCUUGGUUUCAAUACAAAAGCUUUAGAGUCUAAAUCGCGCCAGCAGGAAGACAUCAUCGCAUCCCAGGAGGCUCGGCUCGCGGCGGCCCAGGAUGAAGUUGACAGCCUGCGAAUGACAGUAGAGUCCUUGCGCGUGAAGAACGAACGGUUCCAGAGGUUGCAGGAUGACUAUGAUGAGUUGAAAACAGAAAGAGACCAACUCGCUAGGAAGGCCAAUGCAGCGGAGAAAUAUCGGUCAAAGCUACAAGCCAGUCAGGAUUUUGAAAAGGAGAAUCAGACGCUCAAGAAUCAGAUUAAAGACCUCCAACAGCAACUGAAAGAGUCAGAUUCGCAGCAAAGAUGGACAUCGGAACGCGAUGUUGAACUUGAAGAAUAUAGACGAGUCUUGCCACGAAUCGAGCAGGAAUGCAGUGAAAUGCAGAGUUUGAAGAAGCAACUUGAAUUCAAUAACCACGCCCUGACAGAGCGACUUAGCAGUGCCGAGGAACAGCGUGAGAGAGAUGAUGCACUAAUUAGUGAGUUACGGGAACGGAUCCGAGAACUUGAAGGCUCCCCUGGGAGCCCAGCUCUUACGCCAGGCAGCGAAAUGCCAAAGCUGCAGGGCACGCUACAAAAGGACUUUGAAGACAUUGGCGUUAAGGAAUCACAAUUUGACGAAUUUUGGAAGCUGUAUGAUCAGUAUGUUUCUGUACUCAAGAAACUUGCGGAGUCACAAGACUCUUUCGACAAGUCUAGUAGAGCGCUUGCCGAUGCUCAAGCAGCCGCCUUACUUGCGAGCAAGGAGAAGCUAGCCAUGAUUGAUGAGAUCAGAGAGAUUGACUUAUUGGAAUCAACCAAAUUACGCGACGAAUCGGGUGAAAUCAAACACAAAGUACAUACGCUCCAAGCUGAACUUGAGGCUAGUUUGGCCCUGGCCAGGGAAGCAUGUGCUGAACGGGAUGAGCUUCGGACAAUGCUUGACAACAGACAGGCUGAGAUUGCUGAAAGUCGAGUGGAAGACCAAGAAACAAUGGAGGAAAUGAAAAAGCUACUAGCAGAUAUCGCGGCACAAGACAGUGGUGGUGCCCCGGAAGCUACCCAGAAGUCUGGUGUGGAGCUCACGAAACAAGUCGUUGAGCUUAUUGAGCGGAACCUAGAGAGACUGGCACAACGCGCUGAGUAUAUCCACAACCAAAACGAACACAUCAAGUUCCUCCAGCAGCGACUAAAACAUUUCGAAGACGAUGCGGAUGAAACCAUACCGAAAGAUCGCGAGAUCGAACUUCAGAAGUUAAUCGACGCUCAGACGAGAGAGCUUGCUCUUAUGAGCUCCGCCUGGUAUGAGAUGCAAAGUCGACUACAGAACAAUAAUGUUCCCGUCUCGAGGUAUCGUCACGGGUCGAGUCUGGCCGAUGCUCAGAAAGGCUGGUUGGCAAGGCAAAGGAGCUUAGUAGCUGGUCGUUAGGAUGACUGGUACGUCCUAAUUCGAAGACUAGCCCUUAGCAAUAUAUAUAUGUUCCUGCAAUCAUGUCUUGUUUUAUGGCUUGCACUUUUUCAAUUUCGUUUGUCUACAUUUACUUCUCUCUUAGAUUGCAUUACCCUUGUUUAUCACUUUAACCUGUUACUAGUGUUAAGACAGAAUAAGCCAUAUAUAACGAUAAAGCAUGCAUGCCCUUUAUAUUU